AUGACUGCAUCGUUGUCGUCGCUUCCUUUUGUUAAGCCGAGGAGAAGAAAAUCCUCUGCCAACAAUGCCAAGGCUAAGCGAGGCCCGAGGGUAUCUGCAAUGGGGAUUCCCAAAGGAGCGCCUCUCGUCAAGGCACGCAAAGAGAUGAUGCCUCCAGAGCAUCUGCGCAAGAUCAUCCGCGACCAUGGCGAUCUUUCAUCAAAAAAGUUUCGCUCAGACAAGCGCGUUUAUUUGGGGGCUCUCAAGUUUGUGCCACACGCUAUUUUGAAGCUAUUGGAAAAUAUGCCGAUGCCGUGGGAGCAGAGUCGCUGGGUUCGCGUGCUAUACCAUAUCACGGGUGCACUGACGUUUGUCGACGAAAGUCCGUGGGUAAUUCCGCCUGUAUUUAUCGCGCAAUGGGCCACCCUUUGGGUGGCUAUGCGACGGGAGAAGCGGGAUCGCAAGCACUUUAAACGCAUGCGCUUUCCACCCUUUGACGAUGAAGAGCCGCCCAUAGAUUAUGGAGAUAACGUGCUGGAUAUCCCCCCAUUGGAUGCCAUCCAGCUGGAGCUCGAUGGCGCUGGAGAUGACCAGGCCAUUGCCUCGUGGUUUUACAAUGAAGGCUCACAGCCAUUGCGGGGAACCCCUUUCGUGGCGGGCACAUCGCAGUAUCGCCACUGGAGCCUGCCAUUGCGCGUGAUGGCCAAUCUGCAUCGUUUGUCGCGGCCGUUGAUAUCCGAGCUGACGAUGGAUCCGAAUUACACUUAUCUUUUUGACCUUCCCGCUUUUUUUACGGCCAAGGCGCUCAAUGUGGCCAUCCCUGGGGGGCCCAAGUUCGAGCCGCUUGCAGAGGUGCGUGAUGCACAUGCUGCAUCGUUAGAUGACGAUUGGAACGAGUUUAAUGACAUCCGCAAACUGAUUGUGCGUCAUCCGAUGCGCUCUGAAUAUCGCAUUGCAUUCCCUUUUCUUUAUAACUCGGUGCUGCCGGUGCGCGAGACAUUUUUGGGGCAGUACCAUGCACCACCUUUGGUCGUGGUCCGUGCAGAAGAUCCGGAGCUGCCGGCGUUCUUUUUUGACCCGUCCUUGAAUCCAAUUUCGCAUCGCGGACUGUUUUCAAUUGAUGACCUUGAAGAUACCAGUGAGCUGAAUCAGCAUGUGGUACGGCUUGCUUCACCGCCGCUUGCUUCUCUCUCUCUUCUGGACGAAAGUGAAGGAAGCUUUGCAGCCAAACAAGCAUUGGCUCUUUUUUGGGCGCCCUGGCCCUUUUGCAUACGGACUGGACGCACAAGCCGCGCUCAAGAUGUCCCGCUGGUGAAAGAUUUCUUUUUGGAACAUUGCCCGCCAGGACAACCGGUCAAGGUGCGUGUUUCCUAUCAAAAGCUGCUUAAAUGCCACGUGUCCCGAGCACUGACGGAGCAUCGGCGGCGAGCUCGCCGCGGCCCACGAAGUGCGCUUGGGCGCCGCUCCCUUUUCACAACUCUUGCAGCAACAAAGUUUUUCCAAGUCACCGAGAUCGAUUGGGUGGAAGCGGGGUUACAGCUCAUCCGCCAGGGCUACAACAUGCUCAAUCUGCUGAUCACGCGCAAAGGGCUUGAUUACCUACAUCUCGAUUAUAAUUUCAACCUGAAGCCUGUGCGUACCCUGACCACAAAGGAGCGCAAGCGUUCGCGCUUUGGGAACGCGUUCCAUCUGUUGCGCGAAAUUCUUCGAUUGACCAAAAUCGUCGUCGAUUCGCACGUGCAAUUCCGUCUUGGGCACAUUGAUGCGUUCCAGCUUGCCGAUGGCCUGCACUACAUUUUUACACACGUCGGACAGCUGACCGGAAUGUAUCGCUACAAGUACAAACUGAUGCGUCAAGUGCGAAUGGCCAAAGAUUUGAAACAUCUGCUCUAUUAUCGCUUCAAUGUGGGCCCUGUGGGCAAGGGACCCGGAUGCGGCUUUUGGGCGCCUUCUUGGCGCAUAUGGAUCUUUUUCUUACGAGGCAUCAUUCCGCUUUUAGAACGCUGGUUGCAGAACUUGCUUGCAAGGCACUUUGAGGGUCGUGCUGGGCGCUCCGUGGCAAAAACGGUCACCAAGCAGCGCGUGGAAACUCAUUAUGAUCUCGAGCUACGCGCCUCCGUGCUUGCAGACAUCCUCGACAUGAUGCCAGAAGGCAUUCGUGCAAACAAGAGCCGCACAAUUUUGCAACACCUUUCGGAGGCGUGGCGGUGUUGGAAAGCAAACGUACCGUGGAAAGUUCCGGGGCUCCCUGCGCCGCUGGAGAACCUUAUCCUUAGAUAUGUCAAGAACAAGGCAGAUUGGUGGACCUCCGUCACGCACUACAAUCGAGAGCGCAUUCGACGAGGAGCAACGGUCGAUAAGACCGUAUGCAAAAAAAACCUUGGACGGCUGACGCGGCUUUAUCUCAAGGCAGAGCAGGAGCGCCAAGCAGACUACCUCAAAGAUGGCCCAUAUGUGGGUGCAGAAGAGGCCGUGGCAAUCUACACCACCGCCGUGCAUUGGUUGGAGGCGCGGCGGUUUGCGCCAAUCCCAAUGCCCCCACUCACAUACAAGCAUGAUACGAAGCUGCUGAUCCUGGCGCUGGAGCGUUUGCGAGAAGCGUAUUCGGUCAAGGGGCGACUGAACGCAAACCAAAGAGAAGAACUUGCACUGAUUGAACAGGCAUAUGAUAAUCCCCAUGAGGCGCUGGCACGCAUAAAACGACUGCUAUUGACGCAGCGAGCAUUCAAAGAGUGUGGUAUCGAGUUUAUGGAUCUUUUUGCCCAUCUGACACCGGUCUACGAUGUGGAGCCGCUGGAAAAGAUCACAGAUGCAUAUCUUGACCAGUAUCUGUGGUACGAGGCAGAGAAGCGGGGGCUUUUCCCGUGCUGGAUCAAGCCUUCGGACAGCGAGCCGAUGCCUAUACUUGUACAUCGGUGGACCCAGGCGCUCGCUUCUGCUCCAGGCGUUUGGCCCGGUCUGGGGGCUGAAAAUGCAUCCAAUGGGAGCAGUGGAGUUGCAUCAUCAUCAUCAUCGGGGUCCCCUUGUGGCGCCUCAGUUCUGCUCUCGGCAACUUUGGGACGCGUUGCUGAUAAGAUGGACCUCACGCUUUUGAAUCGGCUAUUGCGGUUGGUGGUCGAUGCUAGUCUUGCUGAUUACAUGUCCGCAAAGAACAACAUCACCUUUCACUACAAGGACAUGUCACACAAAAACUCGCUUGGCCUCAUUAGAGGGCUUCAGUUUGCCCCGUUCAUCUUUUCAUACUACUCGCUGAUUAUUGAUCUGCUGAUCCUUGGGCUGCCGCUGGCGGCGCACAUGGCGGGACCUCCUGAGCGUUCUGCUGCCUUUCCAGGGGCCACUGGCCCUUACAUUCCGGAAGGCGCCAGUCCCCAUCCGAUCCGGCUCUACAUGCGCAUUGUAGACCGAAUAUAUCUGUUAUUGGUGUUUGAAGGUGAAGUGGAGCGUAGAGCGCUUGUACAGCGUUUUCUCGCUCAGCAUCCAGACCCGAACGCAGAAAAUGUAGUCGGGUACCCAAAUCGAAAAAUCUGGCCGCGAGAUGCGCGCAUGCGACUUUUGCGGUCCGAUGUCAAUUUGGGACGUGCCGUCUGGUGGGAAAUUGCGCAACGCAUUCCGCGCUCGAUUGCCGUUAUCGAGUGGGCACCUAUAGGCGGAACUACCGCUGACGGUGUUGUGGCACCGCUUUUUGCUAGUGUUUGUUCCGGUGCACAAUCAAACCCGGCAUUGCUUUUUGAGAUGGGAGGCUUUGAGGUGCGAUUGAUGCCCGUGGCGUGGACGGGCGCCACAAUUUCAGAAAGCGAUGGUACUUGGCGCUUUGCUACCGCUACCCUUGGAGAGAGGACAGCUGUGGCACGACUGCGCGUUUCAGAAGCUGCCGUGGUGCGCUUCCACAACCGUAUUCGCCAAGUUCUGAUGGCAUCUGGAGCGACCACUUUUACCAAAAUCGCAAACAAAUGGAACACAGCUCUGAUUGGGCUGGUGACCUACUUUCGAGAAGCAAUUAUUCAGAGCCGCGACCUGCUUGAUCUGAUUGUGCGGUGCGAGGGCAAAAUCCAGACGCGCAUCAAAAUGGGGCUAAACUCCAAAAUGCCUUCGCGCUUUCCGCCCGUACUGUUUUAUGCUCCCAAAGAGUUAGGAGGCCUAGGCAUGCUUUCCAUGGGCCACAUUCUAAUCCCAGCUUCAGACAUGCGCUAUUCAACACAAUCAGAAGCUGGCUCUGCAAUCACACACUUUCGAUCCGGUCUUUCACACGAAGCAGACACAUUGAUUCCAAACAUUUGGCGCUACGUGGUUCCCUGGGCCUCCGAAAUCACAGAAUCAGCACGCGUAUGGGCAGAAUACGCCAUGAAGCGAGCGGAGGCUGCAACGCUCUCCAAAAGACUUUCGCUGGAAGAUCUCGAGGGCAUCUGGGAUUACGGUGUGCCUCGGAUCUCAACACUGUUCCAAAAAGAUCGACAUACCCUGGCGUACGACAAGGGUUGGCGCAUGCGCGCCGAGUUCAAGUCUUAUUCGAUUUUGAAAGUGAAUCCAUUCUGGUGGACCCAUGCACGGCAUGAUGGAAAGUUGUGGAACCUAAACGCCUACCGGACAGACAUGAUCCAAGCAUUGGGUGGCGUGGAGGCAAUUUUGGAGCACUCGCUCUUUAAAGGCACCGGAUUUGCCACAUGGGAAGGACUAUUCUGGGAAAAGGCUUCAGGCUUUGAGGAUUCACUUUCGUUCAAAAAGCUGACAAACGCGCAGCGGUCCGGGCUUUCACAAAUCCCAAAUCGGCGGUGGACGUUGUGGUGGUCGCCAACGAUCAACCGGGCGUCCGUAUAUAUUGGCUUCCAGGUGCAAUUGGAUCUCACAGGCAUCUUUAUGCAUGGCAAGAUCCCGACACUCAAGAUUUCACUGAUCCAGAUUUUUCGGGCGCACUUGUGGCAAAAGAUCCACGAAUCCGUCGUGAUGGACUUGUGUCAGGUGUUUGACCAGGAGCUGGAGGCACUUGCGCUCGACGCAGUCCACAAAGAGACCAUUCAUCCGCGGAAAUCAUACAAAAUGAACUCAUCCUGUGCGGAUAUCCUAUUAUGGGCAGCUUCACGGUGGCCCGUCUCAACGCCAUCUUUGCUUUCAGAUGCCGAGGGCGAUUUUGGUGGCACAACAGCCAAUAGCCUGUGGAUUGAUGUGCAGCUGCGCUGGGGUGACUUUGAUAGUCACGACAUUGAACGGUACACACGCGCAAAGUUCCUGGACUAUACUACUGAUGCGAUGAGUCUGUACCCGGGACCGCAUGGCUUGAUGAUUGGGCUGGAUCUUGCAUACAACUAUGCAACGGCAUAUGGGCACUGGGUGCCAGGGUUGAAACCGCUGGUGCGGAGCGCCAUCGCGACCAUUCACAAGUCAUCUCCGGCGCUUUACGUGCUUAGAGAGCGUAUCCGCAAGGGAUUGCAGCUUUAUGCCUCGGAGCCACUGGAGCCAUAUCUUUCUUCUGCAAAUUAUGGAGAGCUCUUUGCAGGUGGUACGACAUGGUUUGUCGAUGACUCUGCCGUUUACCGUGUAACGAUUCACAAGACAUUUGAAGGCAAUUUAACAACACGGCCAAUCAACGGCGCCAUUUUGAUCUUUAACCCUCGUACUGGGCAGCUUUUCAUGAAGAUCAUCCACACUUCAGUGUGGGCGGGGCAAAAGCGGUUGGGACAGCUUGCUAAAUGGAAGACGGCAGAAGAAGUGGCUGCAUUGACGCGAUCGCUGCCACCGGAAGAGCAGCCAGGAACGGUCAUCGUGACGCGCAAAGGAAUGUUGGACCCACUGGAGGUGCAUCUGUUGGACUUUCCAAACAUUGUCAUUAAGGGCUCUGAGCUGGCCAUUCCAUUUGCGGCGUUGUUGAAAAUUGAGGCCAAGUUUGGGAUGGUGGUAGCGCGAGCAACCGAGCCGCAAAUGAUGCUUUUUUCUCUCUUUGACGAUUGGCUGCUGCGCAUCUCGUCGUUCACUGCCUUUUCGCGGCUAGUACUGCUGCUGCGAGCUCUGCACGUGGAUGGAGAAGGCGCAAAGGGCGUGUUGACACGCCUUGGCGUGCCAACGGAGGCUCAUCAUCUUUGGCCAAGCUUUUCUGACGCGCAAUGGAUCGAGGUUGAAAAUGCGUUGCGAGAUUUGAUUCUGUCAGACUAUGCACGGCGGAACAACAUCGCAAAUGUGGGUGCUCUAACGCAAUCUGAAAUCAGAGAUAUCAUCCUUGGGAUGGAAGUAGCAUCUCCGGCACUUCAAAGACAGCAGGCAGCAGCGGCAGCCAUUGAUGCGCCAAAACAAGACCAGGCAGAGCAGUCUCGAUCUGUACGAUCGACCAAUGUGCACGGAGAUGAGAUGGUUGUGGCAACGACAAGCGCCUAUGAAACUAUAGUGUUCUCGUCGCGGGCAGAUUGGCGGCAGCGUGCUUUGGCUGCCCAGCGCCUCCCGGCGCGCGUCCUUGUAACUGGUGGAUUAUCAUCUACCGGCACGAUCGCCGGCGGCAGCGAUAAAAAAAGCGGGCUCACUGCAGAGAUCGUCGUUUCCAACGCUGCACAUUUGAACGAUGCCGAUGUUGCUGCACAAACCAAUACUCCCACUUCGCUGAUCGUACCUCGGCGGUUGAUGCGGCGGCUGGUUGCCGUUGCUGAUACGCGCGUGCAAGUUAUGGCUUUAUUAUAUGGUGUGCGUGCUGCUGGACAGGGUGAUUGGGUUGCAUGUGUGUGGGUCAUGGUCCCACAAUGGGGAACUUCCAGCGGAGUGCAUUUUAGCGGACGAGCUCCGCGCAACCUGCAAGAAGCGCUCACUUCAGCGGUCCCGGCUGCUUUGGCAGGCGCACUGACCUUUCUCGGCAUCAUACACACCAUUUUUUCUGGCGCAGAAGACCGAAACGCCCUGCUGGCCAAGGUUCUUGACAGCGAAAUUGGCCGGCGACAUGCCACGGACACUCGCGUGGCGCCCGUGACCUUGUCACUUGCCAUUGGGCCUGCUUCGUGUGUGCUUUCUUCUCCAGACGUUGUUGAUGUGCGUAUCGUCGAUGAUGAAGCCAAUGGCUCCGGAACAGCCACCGCCAUUGCCUGUGGUGCCUUUCUUGUUCCGGCCCGCGACGCACCGUGGAACUACUCCUUUAUGGCUGUCAAGCAUACACCGACGCUCGCAUAUGAACUAGAACUUGGAUGUCCAAAAUCCUUUUAUGACGAGGCGCACAGACCACAGCACUUUAUGCUUGGACAGGCUGGACACCUGGAAGAUGCGCCCCGGCCCGCCAAACACAUUAUUCCCGCGGGCACCUUGAUCGAGUGA